AUGUGCCAUCAACUGAAAGCCCUGUUUAAAUCGUCGCAAAUUUCCAGUUCAAAAAAAAAAAAAAAUGACCAACCAUCUCAAUCAAGAGUGAACACACCAAGAGUGAACAUGCCAAGAGUGAACAUGCCAAGAGUGAACACACCAAGAGUGAACGAACCAAGUGUGAACGAACCAAGUAUGAACAAACCAGGUGUGAACAAACCAGGUGUGAACAAACCAAGUGUGAACAAACCAAGUGUGAACAAACCAACUGUGAGCAAACCAACUGUGAGCAAACCAACUGUGAGCAAACCAACUGUGAACAAACCAACUGUGAACAAACCAACUGUGAACGAACCAGCUGUGAACGAGCCAACUGUGAAAGAAUCUAGUUACCAGCCU